AGCUAUAGCUAUACCUUGUUGACGGUGGCACCGAUUCGAAAACGCCACAAUAAAGUAGUUCACAUUUGAUUGUGAUAAUGUUCGGACGGCUAGGUUUCCUUGUGCUAAUUAGCUGUUUGCUUCAUUCUCUGCAACCUUCGAAUGGAGCGCGCAUCCUGGGAGUUCUUCCGUCGGCAGGAUGGUCGCAUUACGCCAUUGGAGAAGGUUUGAUGAAGGCUUUAAGCCGAGCAGGACAUGAUGUUACGGUUAUCGGUUCGCACCAAUGGAAGGAAGCUCCUGCUAACUAUCGUAGUAUCGAGCUAAAAGAGUUAGUGUUCGAUAAAGGAGGAUCCGAACCAGAUCUAUUUCAGUACCGCAACGAUCCGUAUUUGAAUGUACUCUAUCUGCUCUAUACGGUGAUAGGACCAAGCUUAUCAGAAGUUAUUCUGAACCAUCCAAAAGUGACAACGCUUAUGAAUUCUGACGAGCAUUUUGACGUCGUUAUUGUUGAGUGUUUCGUAAGCGACGUAUUGUACGGAUUCGCUCAACAUUUCAAUGCUCCACUGGUGGUAUUUUCGCCUUUCGGUGCCUCAUUAUGGGCUAACGAACUUGUCGGAACACCUUAUCCGUAUUCACAAAUACCGCAUACAUUUCUCAGCUUUACGGAUCGAAUGACGUUCUCGGAACGGUUUCUCAAUGCUCUUCUAUGGAACUCGGAUCGGUUUUAUUAUAGAAAUGUGUUUCUUCCACGGCAGGAAGAAAUGUACGCAAGGUACUUCCCGAACGCAACGCAAUCUUUGACACAAGUCAUGAAAAAUGUCAGCCUGGCUUUCUUGAAUCAGCACUUUAGUUUAAGCUUUCCGCAUCCCUAUGCGCCGAACAUGAUUGAAAUUGGUGGGAUUCAGAUGGACGAACCGAAAGCUCUGCCGGAGGAUCUUCAACAAUUGUUAGACAACUCCAAGCAUGGAGUUAUCUACUUCAGCAUGGGAUCGAUGCUGAAAGGAUGCAAAUUUCCAGAGGAGAAACGCAAUGCUUUCAUCCAAGCGUUCUCAAAACUGAAGGAAAAUGUUCUUUGGAAGUACGAAAACACCAGUCUGCCGAACAAACCGAAGAACGUCUUUAUCAGGAAGUGGAUGCCUCAGAAUGAUGUUCUUGCUCAUCCCAACGUUAAACUGUUUAUCACUCACGGAGGCCUUCUCGGAUCAACGGAAUCACUGUACCACGGCAAACCCAUGGUAGGUGUUCCCAUCUACGGGGAUCAGCGUUUGAACAUGGCACGUGCCAAGAAUGCUGGAUACGGAACUCACAUCGAGUAUGAACAUCUGAGUGAAGAAUCCAUUUCACGAGCAAUCAGAACCGUGCUUGACGAUCCUUCGUAUGCUAGAAAUGCAAUGCUGAUUUCCGAAAGGUACCGUGAUAAACCAAUGACACCGGCGCAGCUGGCCGUCUACUGGGUGGAAUACGUCGUUAGACAUCGUGGCGCACCGCAGCUGCACUCCGCUGCUCUAGAAUUGUCCUUUAUCGAGCACAACCUGUUCGAUGUUUACGGUUUGAUGUUAUUAAUAGUGGGCAUGUUUAUGGCGUGUGUAUAUUUGAUGGUUAGGAAAAUGAUGCGACUAAUUGGUUUGUUGCCAAAUGGCGGAAACGUCGUUAAAAAUAAACAAGAGUGAAAGU